AUGGCGGCGAACAGAAACCGCCGCCUGGUCAAGGAGAUCCAAGACGUCCAGAAAGACUCGCACUCGGGCGUCUCGCUUGAGCCGCUGAACAAGGCCCAAACCGGCUCCGAUACUCUCGAUGACUUGACACAUUUCAAGGGCGUCUUUCGCGGUCCGCCCGAUACUCCCUACCACGGUGCUACUUAUAACGUCGACAUCAAGAUUCCUAACGACUAUCCCUUCCAGCCACCCGUCAUGAAAUUCACCACAAAGAUCUGGCAUCCAAACAUCUCAAGUGUUACAGGUGCCAUCUGUCUCGACACUCUAGGCUCAGCCUGGUCUCCCGUCCUCACCCUCAAGUCCGCACUCAUCUCUCUCCAGUCACUACUAUCCUCGCCCGAACCAAAAGAUCCUCAAGACGCAGAGGUCGCUCGCAUGCUCAUCACAAACCCCAAAGAGUUCGAACACGUCGCUCGUGAAUGGGCAAUCAAGUACGCCGGUGCUCCCACAGGCGCCCCUGGCUCCGAAGGCACCGGUGCAGAGGGAAGUGGAGGCGUGACCGAAGAGACUCUCAAGAACAAGGAGGACCAGAGACGGCACAAGGCUGAAGCUGCAAAGAUCGCUCAGUAUCACGGAUACAACAAAUCUCUGGUGGAUCGCUUCUCCGCCAUGGGCUUCGACGUCCCAACCGUAGUGGCCGCCUUCGAAUUCACUGGUAUCGACAAGAACGACGGCGAGGACUACGAACUCGAGGAGGAGUACAUGGGUGACAUUACCGCAAGACUAUUUGGGGAGGCGUGA